AUGAUUUCACAAUUUGAAGAUCUUUCUAACGAACUAAUCUAUGAAAUAUUUGAAUAUCUCGAUUAUUAUCAUAGUUAUCAAGGAUUUUUUUAUCUAAAUUCUCGAUUUCGUUCCCAUUUUACUCAAUCAACUCUUCCACUUAAAAUCAAUAUCGAUCUAACCAUUCAAUCAAAUUUUAAUUGUUUCAAACAAGAUAUAAUCAUUCCGAAUAAACAACGAAUUCAUUCUCUUCGAUUAUCAAAUUGUUGCAUGUUUCAUACUAAUGUUUUUAUCUUAUUCGAUAAAAUAUCUCUUCGAACACUUGUUCUCGAAAAUAUUCAACCGCAAUAUUUUGUGAAUAUUCUUCAUCAAUUAAAAUCAUUACGAUAUCUAUCUUCAUUAACUAUUACUAUUAUUAAUUAUAUCAAAAAUAGAAAUUCUGCAUAUCAACUAAUAUUUCAUUUAUAUUCACUUCGAUAUUGCAAAUUAUCAUUAGGAAGUUCCCGUACCCUAAACUUAGCAUCUAACACAACGUCUGAAUAUAGUCCAAUUGAAUAUUUAAUUAUCGAUGAUGGAAUAGACGCGAAUGAUUUGAGUAAUUUAUUGUCAUAUGUUCCACAUCUUCGUUAUUUCUCAGCGAAUUUAUCAUGUGAACACGGUGUUAUACCAACGAAAUUAUCCUAUCUGAAUUUAAAAAAUUUGACGCACGCCUCUUUCAGAUUAUGCGGUGUUAUCAUAUUCGAUGAUUUAGAACAAAUUUUCGUUAAUCUUUUCCAUUCUAUUGAAGUUUUACACUUUACAUCGGAGACAAACUAUAUAAACGCAAACAAAUGGAAACAAUUAAUAUCAUCGUAUUUACCAAGACUACGUGUUUUUGAUGUUCUUUUCAAAGACGAUGCCAGUAAUGUUCAAAAAGAAGCGUUUGAAGAGCAAGUCAAACUGUUUCAAUCUUCAUUUUGGACUGAACGACAAUGGUUUUUUGAAUAUGGAAUAUAUCAUUCAGGUAGCAGAAAUCAAAGAAUUUUGUACUCAACAAAUCCAUAUAGGAGAAAGUAUUGUAUAGUUCACGAACGACCACAUGACAUAACUGUUAGAAACGAAGAUAGAGUACUUUACAAGUCGGUUAAUCAUGUUUUUGUUGGAAAUGAAAAUGAUAUGAAUCAAUACAUGUAUUUUUUUCCAAGUGCUAUUGAACUUACAUUAGAUAAUGGAUUUUCAAUUGCUGCUCAUGCAUCGAUUUCAAUCGGUCUUAGUAGAAUAUUACCUUUACAACAGUUGAAAACUCUAAUUAUUAAUCUUGAGUGUUUUUCUGUUUUGAACUUCAUUGAACUAUUAUCUUCUAUGCCCAAUCUUCGGACAUUAACACUUAAAACUAUGGCUUUUUUCAAACAAAACAAAAUAACCCUUCAACGAAAUGAAAAAUUACAAUUGGUAUCAAAGACAAACAACAUUACAAAUUUCACUUUUUUGGACGCAUGUGCUCUUAAUAGAGUCGAAAUAUUUGUUAUGUUAUUUCCUCAUUUGCAACACUUCAAAAUCAGUAACUCAAUGGGAGAUACAAAAUCAAUGUUACAAUUUCUAUUUCAUAAAACUAAUGAAAAUACACGUAAUUUAAAGUUAUUAUGUAUUCACGGUACAUAUUAUCUCCACCGAUUGAAUCUAUUGAUCAGUUCUGGAACAUUAUCUUCUGAUUUUAAAAGAGCAGAAAUCGGUAGUAAAUCAUUUAUAGACAAUAUUUAA